AUGGCUCGAUUCAAGACCCCCUAUCUCGUUAAGAAACGACGCGGGGACCGACAGAGGGCAGAAGCGGAGGCCGCCCUCGCGCUACAGCAGCAGAACUACGACGAACACUUCCCACCUGCUUCACGUUCCCGCUCUCGAGGACGGACGCGGUCUCGCUCGGCAGCGGGGACUCGAUCUCGCCAGCAGAGCCGAUCCCGGAGCCGGGCACGCAGCAGAACCCCCGGACAGAGCCGUGGUCGUUCAAGCUCGCGACGUCCGAAGCAAGCCGGCCACCGGGACCUGGAGCUAUCUGACAAGGCCUGGGGAUAUGGCUACACUACAGCCAAAGGCCGACGCCUGUGGCAGGACCUGCAUGAUGCAGAAGUAACUCUUAUUACCGAUCCCACGGCGCCGACUCGCACGGGCACGUCAACGGCACGGGACACGACGCCGGACCUGACGGCGGUCCGAAACGUGCUUCAAGCAACGUGGCGCAAUACCUUUGAAAAUCUCGGUAGCGACCACAUGGUCAUAGAGACACGGAUUCCUCAGGCGGGUACACCCCCUCCCCCUAAGUUAUUCAAAUGGACGGACUGGGACAAGUUCCGAAAACAGCGAGUCGAACAGAGAGGUGAGGAGACCAUCGAUAACAUCGAGGCAUGGAUGGAGACACUGAAUGACGACAUGAACAGGGCGACACAGACGGUCACACCCGAAGUCCAGGUUGAUAAAAUCGACAGUCGACUAGCCCACCUCUGGGAAGCCAAGACAUCACUAUACGCAAGAUGGAAGAAGCAACGGCACAACCGAAAGCUUCGUAAGAAGAUCGCACUGAUCAAUCGCCAGCUAGAAGAACAUUGCCGCACCUUAAGCCGCCAGCAGUGGUACGACAUCUGCAACGCAAUCGACGGUCAGCUGCACAAUGGCAGCACGUGGCGUCUCCUGCGUCACCUGUUGGGGGAAACGCAGGGCAAGUCUGCUCAACGUGCCAACCUGCAGCGCCUUCUACACAAGGAACGGGCUACCACGAGUGAUCAACAGAUCGUGACACGCCUGCUAGACAAGUACUUCCCUCAACGACCCGAUGUCCAACACGGAGAUUACACCGGCAAGCCAAACGCGACGCUCGAUGAAGAAUUUCACGAGUCAGAGAUCCGCGCAGCUCUACACGACCUUAAUGGCAAAUCAGCACCUGGUCCUGACAAGGUUACAAACAAGACUCUACGAAACCUUGAUGAUGUCUCGAUCACCGCUCUCACGACAUACGUCAACAAAUGCUGGCGAGUUAUGAAGCAUGCGUUCCUCACCCGUAUCAACCGCCACCUCGAGGACACUGGAGCCUACCCAUCCACUAUGGUGGGCUUCCGGUCACAUCUCUCCACUCAAGACGUUAUGCUCCAGCUCUACCACCAGAUCAUCAACGACCCAACUAGUGGCACCCGCGCCAUCCUUGGUCUCGAUCUGGAAAAGGCAUUCGACAAUGUAUCACAUGCAGCAAUCCUGAGCCGAAUUAACAAGCUCAACAUGGGCGAGCGCAGCUAUAACUACAUCAGAGACUUCCUGUCGUGCCGCACAGUCACCCUCGCAGUCGACAGCAUGACAUCCCACGAACAUGCACUAGGAAGCGCCGGCACUCCUCAAGGGUGA